CCGAACAGAUUGCAAGGCAGGGCACUCGAACACAAGGUGGCGCUCAUCCCCAAGAACCUGCUGGGCACAACGCAUGCACAAACGCUGGGGCCGGGGAACCCUGGCCCAGCGGCCCGAGACAUUGGGCAGACUAUGACAACCAAUCCUGAACUUCAACAGUAUACGCAAGCAACGGGCACUCAAAGGCUGCUGUAAGAGCUGGCGAGGGUGGCGCACACAAUCUGGCCUAGCAAACCAUCUGUGAUAUGUACACAAGGUGGCAUUGCUGGACGGGCAGGUCCUAGGGCAAAUGUCAAUGUCAUCCCAAACCUGCAGUGCUUGCGCAUCUAGCAGCUGCAUCACAGCAUCAACUUCCACAGGAACAAGGGUGUCAAACCGAAUAACAAACUCAUACCCAAUCCGGCGCAAGCCCCGCAUGAAGGCCCAAGCCCAAUUCUUCACAUUACGGGUGAUGGCAUCCCAACAAUCAUCAAGGGCCACUUGCCCGUGAAAAUUAAUUGCAGGCAAGGCAGCCAAAUUGUUCCAGAACUUGAUAAUGCGCCGCCACCACACACAAUCAAGGGUCUGCUGAUUCAACUCCUUAAGCAAGAUGGCACCAUGCACAGAGGUGGGGACGCCAGCAAUGUCUCGCAGAAUUUUCAGGUGAGAGGAGGCCAAGGCAGCCCGGCCCCGCCGGCUGUCGCCACCAGGAAGGCUGCGCAGGCCCCACACCUCACAACCGCGUCGCAGUUGCGCGAGCCGGUGAGCGCGCCGUUUGUGGCGGACGGUGUUGUGGUAGGCACGCUCCAGCGCGCGCACUUCGGCUGGAUCGCCCCGUGA